GCACAAUUUGCGUGGGACGUUACUUCCAUCGUCUGAGUGAAAGAGGUUACAGUCAGUUUCUAGGUUAUGAUGAGUUCCUGCGUCAGCUAGUUAUAUGUUUUCGCGAAUUCGUUUUCCAUUAAAUUUUAAAGGUUUUUCUGGAUGUUUUGCUCAUUUUGCAGUGUGUAGGUCAGUUUUUUGUCACUGGAUGCUACUAUUUAGCUUAUUUUUAGCCUGAAGCUCCCAGUUAUUAUGUUGGUAGUCAAGGAUUAUUGUAAACCUGCAAUUAUUGAGCUAAUUAACGUAUACAAUGCGAAUAUAGUAACAUAGACUAGGCUCAUAACAGUAACAUUAAACUCGCUCACUGUUUGCCAUUGUUUGACAGUGAAACUGUGCGCUGAUUAUUCAGUAUGAGUGGCACUAAAUCGAACCUACUGGGUUUGCUUAUCAACGUUGCUCCAGCCUUCACAGGACAUAUUAAGCAUGGACUAGCGUUACUCCAGAGCGGAAAGUUUUGAUAUAGCACGCAGCUGUCUUUUUAAGCACGACCUGUGUCAUUUCAGAACAUAGUGGGUAAAUAUGAUCUUCAGUUACCAUAAAAAGGCAUUAUCGAGGAAUAGGUUAGAAUAAAUUUAGAAUUGUUUUAAGCUUGGUGGUGCUGUGGUCUAUGUGAUAAAUCGUAUUAAUCACCGUUAUUCUGGAUAUGCUAUGAACCGGAAAUCCUCAGCUGAAAAACGCAUGAAUAAGACACAGAUCGGUGUAGUUUAUAACUGACUCCAAAUUGCUUUCAUCACGAAACAAUCAACCAAAGUAUGCUUUGAACUGUCGCUCUCAGCCAUUUGAAGGGAAUUUACUUGAUUUAUGCUGACCUAGUAUGCACAAAUCCCACAGGUCAUUGUAUUGACAACUUAAAAAGUUUUACCAGGUAAUGGAACAGCAGCAGCCACACGUUAUCCCAGAUAACGUUUUGCUACACUUGUACACACGCUUUAUUCUUAAUUUAUCCGAAGAGAUAAAACGAGAAUGCACGAAAAAUUUCGUUAGGAUAUUUUUUGAAGUCGAACGAGCACAUUGGUUCUAUGUCGACUACUGUAUUGAAGAUCCAUCGGUGGGCGGUGUUGAUAUGUUCGGCCUUACACAACAGUUAUUUAAGAAAUUUCCAUAUAUUGUACCUAAGGGAAUAAAUUGGCAAGAAAAGUUUAUUGAGUGGAGAAAAUACCGUGGAUCCACAUGUACCGGGAGUGUAAUAAUUAUUGAUGAACACUACAAAAUGAUCCUUUUAGUCCAGGGAUUUUAUGGCAACCGUUGGAGCCUUCCGGGUGGUAAAGUAAAUCAGAAUGAAUCGCUUGUCGAUUGUGCUGCUCGCGAAGUUAUGGAAGAAACAGGAUUGGAUCUGGGUAAUCGUAUAUCACCAUCUUUGUAUAUCGAUCGUCAUAUUGGGGGUACCUUAAGACGAGCAUUCAUUGUUGAAGGACUACCAAGAACAUCUCGACUGAAACCUGGAACAAAAAAUGAGAUCGAAGCUAUAACCUGGUUUGAAGUUGCAGAUUUGCCAAUGCAUAUCGAAGAUACUGCAACUAUGGAGAAAUUGAAUUCUAAACCAAACAAUUUCUUCUUGGUUAUGCCGUUCAUCCUGCAACUAAAAUUUUACAUAGAUCAACGAUUGCUUGGAAAAUCUUCGGCAGAUGCACUAACAGAAUCACAGCGUCUUUGUGGUAUUUCUGUGAAUGAAUGCCCCAGUUUCCCUCAAAAUUCAAUAGUCAAUUCGCUAAAUUUAAAGGUGAAUGCUACAACUACUGCAUUCAAGAAAAAAAGAAAAAAAAAGAAGUCAACUUCAAGAAGCUAUAAUAAUUCUUUGUCUGAAGACGGUGAAAAAUCUAGAGACCAAAAAAGCUGUAAUAAUGUAUCCGCCACUGCUAAUGUGAAACUGUUUUUCUUAUCAAUAAUGGAUACGAAAACACCAAACAUUCAGAAUACCCGCAAUAAUAAUGUAAGUACUAAUGAUGCUACUGAACUGCAACUGGCAACAUGUUGGCAAUCACUUCAGCUUGACAACAAUAAACUGUUGAAAUGUCUGUGUGGUGAUAAAAUUCGAUUGAAUUCUAAAUAAACAGUGAGCACAUAAUUUUCUUGAGUUUGGACAAGUGAAAGAAAGUAUAGAAUAAACAAGAGAAAUGAUAUUUUGUCAGAUUAUUUUUAAAAGAAAAGGCAUUUUUAUAUUAUUCCUUUAUUAUGAUCAUUCAUAUCAUCGUACCAUAUAUAUAUAUAUUUCUGUGUAUAAUUUCUAAUAAACGAAGUAAUUUUC